CGAGUGUAGAUAAGGAUGAAACAGAGCAAGCUAGCAGACGAACAGGUGGUUUUAGACAUGCCCGUCAGUUCGGUCAGUGAAGAUUCUGUUUUCCCAUCCGGGCCGUCCCGUCUGAGUAAAAUGGCCGACUCUGUCGGUGACAAAGCGGACCCGAACGGAUUAAAUGGCAUUCCUCACAUGAACACUUCGAUGGAGAUUUAUCAGGAAACGGGCGUGUUGGUGCAGGAAGUGGACGAAGGGCAGCCAUGCCUCAGCUGCAGAGACAAGUGCUCAGGAUUCAGUCCUCAUAUGUGGAGAACAAUCUGUAAUAAUUGCAAGUGUCCGCGUGAAGCUCACGAUGUCUGUCAUGAAGAAUUCGUUAAUGUAUGUGACCGCAUUGGGUUCCAACCUUCACCAGAGCCUAGUCGGCACCCAAUCUCGAAAGAGAAAACUCUUUCUGCCGGUUAUUCCUGGGUGCCCCCGGGUCUUCCCAACGAAAAAAUUGAAGAAUACUUCUCCCAGUUGCCAAAUCAUCUCGUCCCUCAGCUUGGCACUCCUGGAGAGAAAUAUCGGGACCGCCAGUUGAUCCUGCAGCUGCCGAAACAAGAUUUAGCGGCUGCCUACUGUAAAUUCUUAGAAAAAGAUUUUGUUAAAAGUUUCGAAGAUUUCGUCAACACAAGAAAUGAAAUGGCUCUGGAUAUUGGAUACGUCCGAGAUCAUUUAGAAAGAGACACGGAGUGCCAACAAUGUCAAGGAGAACUGUGUGUGGGUGAGCUGUGUGUCGUCGCCCCGAAGCUUGGUGAAGACGUGUCCUUUCAUCCUUCCUGUUUCUAUUGUACAGUGUGUAAGGAACUGCUGGUCGAUCUCACGUAUUGUAUCCUGGAUGGCGCGCUUUACUGCGAACGACACUAUGCAGAGCAGACCAAGCCACGGUGUGCUGCAUGCGAUGAACUGAUCUUCUCUAACGAAUACACGAAGGCUAUGUCGAAGGAAUGGCAUCAAUCCCACUUCUGCUGCUGGAAGUGUGACGAGUCCUUGACUGGACACCGCUAUGUCCUGAAAGACGAACAUCCCUACUGCGUGCAGUGCUACGAACAGAUCUUCGCCAAUAACUGUGAAGAAUGUGGCAAGCCCAUUGGCAUUGAUUCAAAGGAUUUAUCUUACAAAGAAAAGCACUGGCACGAAAAAUGUUUCUUGUGUAAUAAGUGUCGAGUGUCCCUCGUCGAUAAGCCCUUCGGAUCGAAAGCCGAGAAAGUGUAUUGUGCAAAUUGCUAUGAUGCGUCUUUCGCCACUCGAUGUGAUGGAUGUAAUGAAGUUUUCAAGGCUGGUACCAAAAAAAUGGAAUACAAAGGCCAUCAGUGGCAUGAUCAGUGUUUCUGUUGUUGUACUUGUCAAAAACCCAUCGGCACAAAAAGCUUUAUCCCUCGUGAUAAUGAUAUUUACUGCACAACAUGUUACGAAGAAAAGUUCGCCACUAGAUGUAUUAAAUGCCAAAAGAUUAUUACAAGUGGUGGUGUAACAUAUCGCAAUGAACCAUGGCACAAAGAAUGCUUUUGCUGUACUCAGUGUAAUAAAUGUCUUGCUGGGCAGCGUUUCACAUCAAGAGAUGACAAACCUUAUUGUGCUGAAUGCUUUGGUGAUCUUUUUGCCAAGAAAUGUGUAUCAUGCACUAAGCCUAUUACUGGAAUUGGUGGCACUCGAUUCAUCUCCUUUGAAGAUCGUACUUGGCAUAAUGAUUGCUUUAUUUGUGUUGCAUGUAAAGCCUCUUUGGUGGGAAAAGGCUUCAUUACCGAUGGUCCCGAAAUCGUGUGUCCUGAAUGUGCCAAGCAGAGGCUCAUGUAAACUCCAGCUUUAGAAAUCUAGCUUGGACUGCUCGGAUUUCCAGAAACAUCUAUCAAAGAAUAAAUAUUGCUGCUAAAUUUAAUCUGGGUGACCGUGCUGUGUUUUCAGCUUUGCUGUAUUAUUCCUGAUUUUUAACUGCCGUUGCUGGUGCUAAAAUAUGCUUUGUACAGAUCUUCUAAAAGCAUUAAAAGGAAAUAAGUUGUUUCUAAAAUUUUGAUAUAUUUUUUAAUGCAGAAAUAUUAAGUUCUCUCACUAAACCAGCAUUAACAACUUUCCAACAUACAAAGUGUAAGCAAACCUCUAUCUGUUUGUUUGAUUGAUUAGUGCUGAACAAUGCAUAGCCUUAAUCCGAUACAUUACUUAAAUGAGCAUGAAAUGUAAAGUAGCAUGUUAUCGUACUUAAAUGCCUUUGCUGAACAAAUUGGAUAUUCUGUUCAAGAACAAAUAUGUCCUGCUAUACGUGAAUUGUGUAGAUAAUUCUUAAUAUGUGAACAUGUAUUAAACUGAUUCUGAAACUAGAAAUUCUGUAAUUUUCCUUGAAAUUUUUUCUUCCUCCUU